AUGUCCAUAUGCCACAAUACUUCAUACCAGCCCGUAACUCAAGGCAUCGGACAGCAUGUAAUUCAAUAUCUUCCUAUCCAACAUAACAUUGUUGGACUAGUUAACAAAAAGAAACUAACAAAAACCUACCUAGGCUUCGCUCUCUACCGCGCACUCCUACGACAAGCCCCGCUCAUCCCUCUCCCCGAUGACCUAGCCACUCCCCGGGGUCCCGUCAACCCAAUUAAACACCUAAUUCGACGAGCCUUUCGCCGGAACACCUCCGUCACUAGCCCUCGUCUCGUGUAUCCUGCCCUUAAGGCAGGGUACCAGAUCCUCGGCCUCCUCCAAUCCGCCACCUCGUCUUCCCUCGAGAGCCCCAAUGCCGACCACGCCUCCAUAUUAUCAUUCCUUCGUGAUCGCCAUGACGAGCGCAGCCGCUCUCUAGCUGCAAAAGCCAUACACCCCCCUUACAGCCGCACUCCACCCAAGCCGCACUCUGGGCCGUGGCCAGGCGCAGAACCUCUCCUCGUAAACGUAACGCCUGCGCCUACAGCCCAGAACCCCAAUCCGAAACCUGUAUUUGCAAUACCGUCACGGCCGCGGCCCGCAUCUGAACUCGGCGGCUCCGGGCGGCGGCGCGUGCCACAUAUAGAUCUGGCGUCGGAUACCCCGUUCCUACGCACCAAGAAGCCCCAGCCGACGUAUCUAAGCCAUAUCCUAAGACACAGGAUCCGCAAGCGCGUCCAGCGCCUGGAGAGCGUACAAACCUUAUACGAAAAUGAUAUCCCCGCCGCAGAGCUCGAGGACAACUGGGAAUGGAUGAUGGGUACAAUGUUACUUGAGCAGAGAUCAGCGGAAAUAAGGAAAGAACGGGAUGGAGAUAACAGACGAGGUAAUGAUACUCGUUCAAGUAUAAAAUCCAUCGAGGCAGAUGCCGCACGGGGCGAAUUCCGGAAUGAGACAUUCCGGCAGACAGUCUACGUUCAAGGCAUCAUAUACACGCAAAACGUGCUAAACCGCGAACGAGAGGAGCAGGUCGCACGGGCAGACGCCAUGCGCAGGUUGAUUAUAGAAGAAGAGAAGCUGGCUAAGCAGGAGAAGGCGGAGAGGGAUGCCAACAGGAGGAAGCACUGGGAGGCAAAGAUGCAAGAAUUACACGGCGCAAUGUGGAAAGAACUCUUCCCAAACCUGGAUGGGGAAGAUAGCUCGAGUGUCUAG